UUGUAACCAUAGCUACUAAAAUAUUGACAAAUCAAAAGUCAAGAUUGCUUAGUUUAUUUUGAGGAAAGUAACUUUUUAAUUUAGAUCUCAUUUAUUUUUGAACAUGGCUGAAGGCGAUAACGUAUCAACGUUCAGCGCCGAUGGUGGCCAAGAUACUGUUGGUUUACCCAGAAUAGUAAUGGUAACCGAGGGUGAUGACACUUCAGCCUCAUCUGCCUCGUCUACCUCAUCAUCCGAAGAUAACUGGGGGGAUCUGAUAAAGUCUUCUGAAAUUCCUCCAGAAUACUGGCACAUACAAAAACUUGUGAAGUAUAUGAAAGCCGGUAACCAAACAGCUACUAUGGUGGCACUCUCCUGCUUAAAAGACCACGAUUUAACAGUAGAAGUGAAUCAAAGAGCUAUACAAGAAAUUGGUGGAUUAGAGCUUCUAGUCAAUUUGCUUGAAACACGAGACUUAUGCUGUAUAGUGGGCGGGCUUGCGGUUUUGAAAGAUAUAACCCCGAAUAUGGACAUUAGGAAAAAAGUAACAGAUCUUGGCGCUAUACCGUUACUAGUUGGCUUGUUAUCAGAUCCCGCAAGAGAUGUGCAGAUAUUAGCUGCUGAGACUAUUGCAAAUCUAGGAAAAAUUCGUAAAAGUAGAAAAUUUUGUCGAAAAUUCGGAGGACUGCCCAAGCUAAUCGACUUGCUGGACAUUAAAGAGAAAUAUUUAAUAACACCACGAGAGGAACUAACCCAAGACGAGUUACAGUUUCUUGACAUCGCAAGAGCUGGGGCCAAAGCUCUUUGGUCUAUGUCAUCGUCACAAAGAAAUAGAGAAGCAAUGAGAAAGUACGGAAUGAUACCAUUGAUAGCAAGAAUGUUGAAAACAAUUCAUCUUGAUGUGGCUAUUCCAGCCGUUGGGUUAUUACAAAUGUGCGCUAAUGAAACGUCCUUCCAACUUGCUAUUCAGACCGAAAAGAUGGUAACAGAUCUAAUUAAACAUUUAGCUAAUGAGGAUAAAGAUUUAAAGACAUACUGCAGUUUAGCAAUCUUCAAAUGUGCAAACGAUCCUAUUACACGAGAUAUGAUACGUGAAGCAGGUGCUUUAGAAUUCUUAGUAGAGGCCGCUCAAGAUAGCACAAACAGAGCUAAUAAGCCACUACUGGCGGCUGUGACCGGUGCCUUAUGGAAAUGUGCUAACAGUGAUGCAAGCGUAAGGAAAUUGGACACGCUUGGCGCAGUUCCGAUACUUGUUAGAUUACUCGACGACGAAAACGAUGGAGUUCUUACAAAUGUUGCUGGAGCACUUGCUGAGUGCGCUAAAUACCCACCGAACCGUGAUAAGAUUCGAUCAUCCGGUGGAAUUCCUAUGUUAAUACAUCAUCUGAAUAACACAUACAAGCCGCUGUUAGAGAAUGUACCUUUGGUGUUAAUGGAAUGUGCAAAGGAGCAGAAUUGUAUGUAUGAGAUCGAUGAGCUUGAUGGCGUAAGGCUAGUUUGGUCACUUCUAAAGAAUGAUUCUAAGAAAGUACAGACAAACGCUGCGCUAGCAUUAAGCCCUUGCGUUCAAAAUGCAGCUGAUUCUGGUGAAAUGGUUCGAUCCUUUGUUGGGGCUUUAGAACUGACGGUUGAUUUAUUAGACUCAGAUGAUCAUAAUGUCCUGUCAGCAGUAUGUGCCGCUAUUGCAACAAUUGCAAAAGACAAUGAAAACUUGGCGGUAAUUUCUGACCACGGUGUUGUUGGGAAACUGUCUAAAUUAGUGAGUACUACAGAUGACCACCUUCGCGCCAAUUUAGGUGUUGCCAUCGCGUACUGCUGCGAUUGGGCACAGAACCGACAAGAAUUUGGCAAACGGGGUGCCAUUACACCACUCGUCAACUACAUGACCUCAAGAGACCCCAAUGUCCAUAGAGCUACUGCUCUAGCUCUCUAUCAUCUAUCGUUCUAUUCUGUCAACUGUGUCACUAUGCAUGCGGCUGGUGUUGUACAAUUUCUUUUGGAAACAAUAGGCUCCAAGGAUCCGAUCCUGCAAGAGGCAUCUGCUGGUUGCCUUUGUAAUAUUCGUAAGUUGGCACUCGCCACGGAAAAAGUCAAACUUAAACAAUAAUUGCUUUGUAAAUCUUAUAAGCUUUGUCAUUUUAAUUAAAAAUUUAGAAGUA